CUCAUUUGGGUUCAUUUGCUAUCUCUCAGCCAUCUGAUACAAAAAGAUCUUUUGAUAGAAAAAUGAAAUUGAUACCAAAAUCUCCAUCUUAUAUAUUACUUGUCUUUUGCUUUGGAUGCAUACAUCUCUUGUAUUUGGGAGAGAGGUCCACAGCUCAAACUACAUCUAAUGGUACAACAGACCCAUCUGAAGUGGCUGGUCCAAACUCCGUCUUCCGACAUCGAGGCAUGUCCACAUUGCCUACAUGGAACAUAAGUGGUGAACCAUACCGUGGGAAUGCCAUCAAUGAUUCUAAGAUCUUCAAAUAUAUGGGCAGAAGCUACACAUUGGUCAAAUGCCAGUGCAUGUUUGACAACGGGACCACCGGGCCCAUGACCACAAUGAGAGUUUAUACUAUUUCUUUUAAAGACACAAUGCCCGAAGUGCUUGGAAAUCUGUCAUCUCACCAAUAUGACCGUUGAUAUGUUAAGAGAGCCAUGUGGAAGAACCAUGAACAAGCCAAUGUGACUCGUCAUCCAAUUUGAGCAUGUCCAUUCACGUGGAAGGCUCACUUCUACCCACUCAACCCAUGUUGCAAGAGAUCAGACGGUGGUGAUCAACUCCCAAUCUGUUCGUGCAUGCAAAAAUACAUACAUACGUGGAUACAUUAGUACGUAAGUAAAUACUAUGAUGGAUGCAUGUAUAUGUACUAUACAUAUGUAUGUCUUUAUGGUUUGUAUUUGGGAUAUUAUUUUGUGAGUUAUUGAUACUCGUACUGCAUGUGACACUUGAUGCACAGGUACUAAAAAAUUGUAGAAGUGGUGUAAUUUAAGCCAAAUUAAAUAAAGUAGAUUGUGGAAAUCUAUAUCGUUUAGUCAAAGUCCGGAAAUUAGAUUUCA